AUUUUGUAUAAUAUCUGACUCAAAUCUGGUAACUUAAUUUCCUAUAUAAAUAUGCUUUAAAAUUAUUCAAAAAAUCCAGUUGUAACGGGAAUAUCGAAAUGAAGCUACGUUUAAAAUUAAACACAUGUAUUCGAGUAAUAUUAAUCGGAAUGUGUGCAAUGACCCCAAAUAUAUGGGGCCAAUCUGUGGAUUAUAACUCCUUAGGCCAAUCAGCUGCUAGCAUGAUUCAAGGAUCAGGCUCACAGGGAUCAAAAACAAUACCCACACCCAAUCAGUUAUUUUCUAUGCCAAUGCAGUAUUUAUUUGGUUUUCCAGAACAAGUGAUGUUUGGUGUUCUCAAUAAGGCAUGUUCCCUUAUUUUGGCAUCAAAUAUAAAAAACGUGUUCAUCACACCCAAGGCCGAGAAAAUGUAUUACCAAUUGAGAACCCCCUGUAAAAGCAUAAAUGUUCCCCUACAACAACCUGAAGAACUUGUUAAUCUUCCCGAAUUUGAUGUGGAUAAAAAAGUUAUCAUGUUUCUCAGUGGCUGGGCUACCAAAGGCAAUGAAAGUCACAUUCAGGAAUUGGCCAAUGCCUAUAAUUGUCGUGGUGAUUAUAAUUUUGUGUAUUUGAAUGUUGCUGAUACCAUCGAAACGCUAUACAUAUGGUCCUCUUAUAAUACAGCAGAAAUUGGCAACCUCGUAGCAGAUAGUCUUCGGAAAUUCACAGAAACUGUACCCGUGGAGAAUAUCCAUUUAAUUGGCCUUAGUUUUGGCGCCCACGUUGUAGGGGCUGUGGGACGAAAAUAUAAAGAAUUAACUGGCCAGUCGUUGCCACGUAUCACGGGUUUAGAUCCAGCUAAUCCAUGUUUUAAUAAAGGUCAAGCCGUAUCGAGUCUAUCACGUGAUGAUGCCGCAUUUGUUGAUAUAAUUCAUACCAAUCCUGGUGCCUUGGGUAAAGCAGAUUCGUUGGGUCAUGUGGAUUUCUAUGUCGGCGGCAAAGGAGCCAUUCAACCUGGAUGUUUGCAGUUUAGUUGCUCUCAUUUACGUUCCGUUGAUUAUUAUAUUGAAAGUGUUUAUCCCGGUAAUGAGGGUAAUUUUAUGGCGAAACGUUGUGAUUCGAUGCAGAGUUUCAAUGGUGGUCUCUGUGAUGGACCCGAUCAUCCAAUGGGAUAUUCAACACCACUCGAUGCGGAGGGAGAUCAUUAUUUGAAUGUCAAUCUUCAGCGACCAUAUGGAAUAAAUGCUCCAGCCAAUGCAAUGGACCACUCAAGUCACUGUGGUCUUUGUAGUAGUUAAUAGGGGUUGGAAAUGUCAUAUAUGUCCCUCAAUUAUAAAUUAAUUAUUAAUUUUUUGUAAAUAAAACUG